GGCAUUUCAUUCAUUGAAGCCUACAGUUGUUACGGAAAAUAUGCCUAGCAGGUGGUAGUUGAUUAGAUUUCCAGUUAAUUAAGAAAAACACGGCCUGAUGGCAGUUGACAAGGAGCUCUUGAUACAUACUGUUGCAAAAUACCCAUGGCUGUACGAUAAAAGUCACAGGUCAUAUAAGGAUAACAUUAAAAAAACUAAUUCUUGGCACGAGAUCUCCAAAAACCUGAAGAUCACAGAAGAUGAGGCAAAGAAAGUAUGGACUGAUUUACGGAACUCAUACCGGAAGAUCCACGCUCGGGUGAAGGCCGGGGCGCCGAGCGGGUCAGGAGCAACUGACGCCGCCAAACAUCAAGGCUCCCGAUGGUGGCUAUACGAGUCAAUGGACGCGGUGCUCAGCCAACACAUCCAGCCCAGCCGGCAAGGUGGCGACAGCAUAAUGGUAGCCGCAAAGAAGGACGCCCCAAGAUCGGCACUCGACGUCGAUUCCUCUCAGAGUACCGAAUUCAAUUACAGCGCCAAUGGUCAGCUGCUUGUGGAAGAAGCGGGCCCAAGCCUGCAAGCCCAAGCCCACGCAGGCAACCAUGACUCACAUGAGCCGUCGCUGCAAUCACCGCACGAGGAUGACAGCCAACUCUCUGAGCUGCAGCUCGAAAGGGACCACUCCCCGCCGUCGCCGCCGCUGCCACCCUCUGCUGAGAUGCCGCAGUCGCUCCCGGCGGCGGCUGGCCGCAACUGCAACCAGUCGCCGUCGCCAUCCGCCGCCGCACGUGGCCGACCUCCUGCCGCUGCCGACUCACGGACUCCUACCGGACCACGCGGUACAAAGCGAGCUCGCCAAGCGUCUCAAGAGGAAUGGCAGGAGACCCUUGUUUCCUACUUGCGCACCAAGGAAGCUCGGCGGGACAAGACCGACAUAUUUGAUGCCCUGGGAAAAAUCGUGGCAGACCGAACUCGCCGCAUGUCUCAGUGGAAAGCAAACCUAGCGCAGGUCAAAGUGAUUGAGACGUUAAACAUGAUUGAUGACAUGUAGAGGCCAUCUUUGACGGUUGGCUGUAGGUACUUGUUUUGUGUAAUGCGCAUUGCGUAGUGUGAACCACAUGAUUAUCGCGUGUAUUUUGCUUCUCACACUUUAGCAGGACAUGCAGUUCGGCUAUCAAAUCUUAAUAUAACUGUUACGACUGGAACGUGCUUGUGUCAAUCUUAUUUGAUAAAAAUACAGCAUUCGGCAGUGCACAAAGAUCAGAGUCGAAUAAAACUUCAUACAUUAAAUAUUAGCCCCCUACAUGUGUCCAAUGAAAAAACAAAAACAAAACAA